GCCAGUAAACAACGUGUAUCACUGGGAAACCGCCAUCGGAGACAUUCCGGUCACCAUUGGGGACCUGGCGGGAGUCUUGGUGGCGUCUCAGAGCUGUUCCUUCUUUCAAAGCGGCGUGCCGGGGGAGGACGCGUCUCUUUGAAUAGACAGGAUGCACGGACCGCCCUCCAGCGACAGCGCAUGCCCAUUGCGCCUCAUCAAGAGAGUGCAAUUCGGCAUCAUCAGCCCAGAUGAACUUAAACGCAUGUCAGUCACAGAGGGGGGUAUCAAGUACCCUGAGACUACAGAGGGCGGGCGCCCAAAACUGGGAGGGCUGAUGGAUCCCCGACAGGGGGUUAUUGAGAGAUCGGGCAGAUGCCAGACAUGUGCAGGAAACAUGACUGAAUGCCCAGGCCACUUUGGCCAUAUUGAGUUGGCCAAGCCAGUUUUUCACGUUGGCUUCAUCACCAAGAUUAUGAAGGUCCUCCGCUGUGUCUGCUUCUUCUGCUCUAAGCUGCUGGUGGACUCGAACAACCCAAAGAUCAAAGACAUCUUAGCCAAGUCAAAAGGGCAGCCCCGUAAGCGCCUGACCCAUGUCUAUGACCUGUGUAAAGGCAAGAAUAUCUGUGAGGGUGGAGAGGAGAUGGACAACAAAUUUGGCAUGGAACAGCAGGAGACAGAGGAGGACCUCACCAAGGAGAAGGGUCACGGAGGGUGUGGACGGUACCAGCCCCGUAUUCGGCGUUCCGGCCUGGAGCUGUACGCUGAGUGGAAGCACGUGAACGAGGACUCGCAAGAGAAAAAGAUUCUGCUGAGUCCAGAGCGCGUGCAUGAGAUCUUCAAACGCAUCUCUGACGAGGAAGUCGUGAUCUUGGGCUUGGACCCCAAAUUUGCCCGUCCCGAAUGGAUGAUUGUCACUGUGCUUCCUGUGCCUCCCCUGGCCGUCAGACCCGCUGUGGUCAUGCAGGGCUCCGCCCGAAACCAGGAUGAUUUAACACACAAACUGGCCGAUAUUGUGAAAAUAAACAACCAGCUGCGGCGGAACGAGCAGAGUGGUGCAGCGGCUCACGUCAUAGCUGAGGAUGUGAAGCUCCUGCAGUUUCACGUGGCCACCAUGGUCGACAAUGAGUUGCCUGGCCUGCCGAGGGCCAUGCAAAAGUCAGGCCGUCCACUAAAAUCCAUCAAGCAGAGGCUGAAGGGAAAAGAGGGGCGUGUUAGAGGAAACCUGAUGGGGAAGCGUGUGGACUUCUCCGCCCGAACCGUCAUCACGCCUGACCCCAACCUGCAGAUCGACCAGGUGGGCGUCCCACGCUCAAUCGCUGCCAACAUGACCUUCCCUGAGAUCGUCACUCCCUUCAAUAUCGACAGACUCCAGGAGUUAGUCAGAAGAGGCAACAGCCAGUACCCAGGAGCCAAAUACAUUAUCCGUGACAACGGAGACCGUAUUGACCUGCGAUUCCAUCCUAAACCAAGUGACCUUCACCUUCAGAUUGGUUAUAAGGUGGAACGACACAUGUGUGAUGGUGACAUCAUCAUCUUCAACAGACAGCCCACGCUGCACAAAAUGUCCAUGAUGGGGCACAGAGUUCGAAUUCUGCCUUGGUCCACUUUUCGACUCAACCUCAGUGUGACAACUCCCUACAACGCUGACUUUGACGGGGACGAGAUGAAUCUGCAUCUGCCACAGUCUCUGGAGACACGUGCUGAGAUCCAGGAGUUGGCCAUGGUGCCACGUAUGAUCGUCACACCCCAGUCCAACAGGCCCGUCAUGGGUAUCGUGCAGGACACCCUCACUGCCGUGCGCAAGUUCACCAAGAGGGACGUCUUCUUGGAGAGGGGGGAAGUGAUGAAUCUGCUGAUGUUCCUCUCCACGUGGGACGGCAAAGUGCCUCAGCCAGCCAUCCUGAAGCCACGGCCGCUCUGGACUGGCAAGCAGAUUUUCAGUUUGAUCAUCCCGGGCCACAUCAACGCCAUCCGAACGCACAGCACGCACCCUGACGAAGAGGACAGCGGGCCCUACAAACACAUAUCUCCUGGGGACACCAAGGUGAUUGUCGAGAAUGGAGAGUUGAUCAUGGGGAUCCUGUGUAAGAAGUCUCUGGGGACAUCGGCCGGCUCACUUGUCCACAUCUCCUACCUGGAGAUGGGCCAUGACGUCACACGACUGUUCUACUCAAAUAUUCAAACUGUCGUCAACAACUGGCUGCUAAUUGAGGGUCACUCUAUCGGUAUUGGUGAUUCCAUUGCUGAUGCCAAAACAUAUCUGGACAUUCAGAACACCAUUAAGAAGGCCAAACAGGAUGUGAUAGAGGUGAUUGAGAAAGCUCACAACAAUGAGCUGGAGCCCACGCCAGGUAACACUCUGAGACAGACCUUUGAAAACCAGGUCAACCGCAUCCUGAAUGACGCUCGAGACAAAACUGGCUCUUCUGCUCAGAAGUCCCUCUCCGAGUACAACAACUUCAAAUCCAUGGUGGUGGCUGGUUCCAAGGGUUCCAAAAUCAACAUCUCACAGGUUAUUGCUGUGGUGGGGCAGCAGAACGUUGAGGGUAAGCGAAUCCCCUUUGGCUUCAAGCACCGAACUCUUCCUCACUUCAUUAAAGAUGAUUACGGUCCUGAGAGUAGAGGCUUUGUGGAGAACUCCUACCUGGCUGGCCUCACGCCCACAGAGUUCUUCUUCCACGCUAUGGGUGGACGUGAGGGUCUGAUCGACACGGCUGUGAAAACUGCUGAGACAGGUUAUAUUCAGCGACGUCUGAUCAAGUCUAUGGAGUCUGUGAUGGUGAAGUAUGAUGGCACAGUGAGAAACUCCAUUAAUCAGGUGGUACAGCUGAGGUACGGAGAGGAUGGCUUGGCUGGAGAGGCUGUCGAAUUCCAGAAUAUGGCCACCCUCAAGCCCUCCAACAAGGCCUUUGAGAAGAAGUUCAAGUUUGACUGCACCAAUGAGCGCGCCCUGCGCCGUACCCUUCAGGAAGACGUGGUCAAAGAUGUGUUGACCAAUGCACACGUGCAGGGUGCCUUGGAGAGGGAAUUUGAAAAAAUGAAGGAAGACAGGGAGAUUUUGAGAGCCAUCUUCCCCACUGGAGACAGUAAAGUGGUGCUGCCAUGCAAUUUAGCAAGAAUGAUCUGGAAUGCUCAGAAGAUUUUCCGAAUCAAUCCUCGAACCCCAACCGACCUGAACCCAUUACGGGUGGUAGAGGGAGUUCAUGAGUUGAGCAAGAAACUGGUUAUUGUAAAUGGUGACGAUCCAUUGAGUCGACAGGCCCAGGAGAAUGCCACACUGCUCUUCAACAUCCACUUGCGUUCCACCCUCUGCUCCCGACGCAUGACAGAGGAAUUUCGUCUCAGCACAGAGGCCUUUGACUGGCUCCUGGGAGAGAUUGAGACCAAAUUCAACCAAGCCAUCGUCCACCCUGGUGAAAUGGUGGGAGCUCUGGCUGCUCAGUCUUUGGGCGAGCCAGCCACUCAGAUGACCCUGAAUACCUUCCAUUACGCCGGUGUGUCGGCUAAGAACGUCACUCUUGGAGUGCCUCGUCUCAAAGAGUUGAUCAACAUCUCCAAGAGGCCCAAGACCCCGUCUCUGACCGUCUUCCUGCUGGGCCAGGCCGCCCGCGACGCUGAGAGGGCGAAAGACAUCCUGUGUCGCCUUGAGCACACCACCCUUAGGAAAGUCACGGCCAAUACAGCCAUCUAUUACGACCCUAAUCCACAGAACACAGUGGUGGCAGAGGACCAGGAGUGGGUCAACGUCUACUACGAGAUGCCCGACUUUGACGUGACGCGUAUUUCGCCGUGGUUGCUGCGUAUCGAACUUGACCGCAAGCACAUGACUGACCGUAAACUGACCAUGGAGCAAAUCGCUGAGAAGAUUAACGCAGGUUUUGGAGAUGAUCUGAACUGUAUCUUUAAUGAUGACAAUGCUGAGAAACUGGUGCUGAGAAUCAGGAUCAUGAACAGUGAUGAGAACAAGUUUCAGGAGGAUGAAGAGGUUGUUGAUAAGAUGGACGAUGAUGUUUUUCUACGCUGCAUCGAGUCCAAUAUGCUGACUGACAUGACUCUACAGGGCAUUGAACAGAUUAGCAAGGUAUACAUGCAUCUCCCUCAGACGGACAACAAGAAAAAGAUCAUCAUCACUGAGGAGGGAGAGUUUAAGGCCCUGCAGGAGUGGAUUCUGGAGACAGAUGGCGUGGGACUCAUGAGGGUCCUGAGUGAGAAGGAUGUAGACCCAGUCAGAACCACCUCCAAUGACAUUGUGGAGAUCUUCACUGUCCUGGGUAUUGAGGCUGUGAGGAAGGCUCUGGAGAGGGAGUUGUAUCAUGUCAUCUCCUUUGACGGCUCUUAUGUGAACUACCGCCAUCUUGCCCUGUUGUGUGACACGAUGACCUGCAGAGGUCACCUGAUGGCCAUCACACGUCACGGCAUCAACAGACAGGACACGGGACCGCUCAUGAAGUGUUCCUUUGAGGAGACGGUGGACGUGUUGAUGGAGGCCUCAUCUCAUGGAGAACUUGACCCCAUGAAAGGUGUCUCUGAGAACAUUAUGCUUGGCCAGCUGGCCCCAGCUGGUACGGGCUGCUUUGACCUGCUGCUUGAUGCAGAGAAAUGUAAAUACGGCAUGGAAAUUCCCACAAACAUCCCUGGCAUCAGCGUUGCUGGACCGACGGGUAUGUUCUUUGGUUCGGCACCGAGCCCCAUGAGUGGCAUGUCUCCAGCCAUGACCCCUUGGAACACAGGAGCUACCCCUGCCUACGGUGCCUGGUCACCCAGCGUGGGAAGUGGAAUGACUCCUGGGGCGGCAGGGUUUUCCCCCAGCGCUGCGUCAGAUGCCAGUGGAUUCUCUCCAGGCUACUCCCCUGCUUGGUCCCCUACACCGGGAUCACCUGGGUCUCCUGGUCCAGCCAGCCCCUACAUCCCCUCCCCAAGUGGAGCCAUGUCUCCAAAUUAUUCUCCCACCUCUCCGGCGUACGAGCCUCGUUCACCGGGUGGCUACACCCCCCAGAGCCCAGGAUACUCUCCAACCUCCCCUUCCUACUCUCCAACCUCUCCUUCCUACUCUCCAACCAGCCCCAAUUACAGCCCUACGUCUCCAUCUUAUUCUCCAACUUCUCCUUCCUAUUCCCCGACCUCUCCAUCUUAUUCCCCCACGUCUCCAAGUUACUCUCCAACCUCUCCAUCUUAUUCUCCUACUUCUCCCUCUUACUCCCCUACGUCACCCUCUUAUUCACCUACAUCUCCUAGCUACAGUCCCACGUCGCCUAGCUACAGUCCCACGUCGCCUAGCUACAGCCCUACCUCUCCAUCUUACUCCCCAACCUCUCCAUCAUAUUCUCCAACAUCUCCCUCUUACUCUCCUACGUCUCCUAGCUACUCUCCUACAUCUCCCUCUUAUUCUCCCACCUCACCCAGCUACAGCCCCACUUCUCCCAGUUACAGCCCCACUUCACCAAAUUACACACCAACUUCGCCUUCCUACAGCCCAACAUCUCCUUCCUACUCCCCCACGUCCCCCAAUUAUACCCCCACCAGCCCCAAUUAUUCGCCCACCUCACCAUCUUACUCGCCAACUUCUCCAUCUUACUCACCAUCCAGCCCACGCUACACACCCCAGUCACCCACCUACACCCCGAGCUCUCCUUCCUACAGCCCGAGCUCGCCUUCAUACUCCCCAACCUCCCCAAAAUACACCCCCACUUCGCCUUCCUACAGCCCCAGCUCUCCGGAAUACACCCCGACGUCGCCGAAGUACUCCCCCACCUCACCCAAAUACUCGCCCACUUCUCCCAAAUACAGCCCCACUUCACCGACUUAUUCCCCAACCACCCCCAAGUACAGCCCAACCUCACCCACUUACUCCCCAACCUCUCCCACCUACACCCCGACCAGUCCCAAAUACUCCCCCACGUCGCCCACCUAUUCCCCAACCUCGCCCAAAUACUCACCCACAUCCCCUACAUACUCACCCACUAGCCCUAAGGGCUCUACCUACAGCCCAACUUCCCCAGGCUACAGUCCCACCUCGCCCACCUACAGCCUCACCAGCCCGGCCAUCAGCCCCGAUGACAGCGAUGAGGAAAACAACUGAAAUCCAUUGGAGAAGAAGAAUAGUCUCUGUUUCUUCUGUCCCACAGAUUGACUCUCUGACCCCAGAACAUGUGACUGAAGGAUUUCCCUCUUUGCUGGGGAUGUCAUUAUCGUUGUCUUUCGGAAUGGAGGCUAAGACACCUGGGGUCCCACGUGAAGUUUUUUUUUUUUUUUUCUGUUUGUUGUUGUUUUUAGUUUUUGGUUGUUUUUUUUUUUCCCCGCCCCUCUUUUGGACCUCUUGGACCACUCUUACUUAGCCUUUCCCAUCCAAAGGGGUUCUUUCUAUUCUCUUUCUCUCUAUUUACUACUAUUGAAUUUCAUAGACUUGAACUAGUGGCCAGAAAAUGGCUGCCUCUUGAAUAGACAGUUUUGUUUUUAAUUUCAUCGGGUGUUACGACAUAGUAACUCGCCCCACUAUUGGAGGAAACGGAGGGAACUUGUGUGAUUCUAACACAACAAAACUCUGAUUUCCCCAUUCUUCUUUCUCUCUCUCUCUUUGAAAUUCAGUGUUGGAUGUAAAGGAAAUGUAUGUGAGAGCUCAAAGUAUUGCCAAAAGCCUUCAAAAAAACAAAAAACAAAAAGCAAAACAGUGGAUUGUAUUUAUCUGCAAAGCAUUUAAGCUUAAAUGAGACUUUGAAUAGGAAUCACUAUAAUGGAAUAGACUGAGGUGCACAGAUCUUUUGACAUAUUUUACUGAAACGUAUCUGAGGUGAUUUUUUUUUCCCCUCCUUUUGUUCUUUGUUCUGUAAAUAUUGUCCACAAAUGGUGGAGAGAAAAAAAAUGUGGUGGGUUUUCAGUUGAAAGCUGGAUAUAGUGAAAGCUUGUUCCUGAAAAUGUUCUGUUUUUGAGCAAAACAGUUUGUUUUUGAAAAGUUGAAGUUUUUAAGAAAAUUACAUUUCAAGUGAGGGGGGGUGUGUGGUCUUGAUAAUGCAGACAAAAACCAAUUUAUGAUUGGCGUUCAAAAGAUCAAUCUAGAUUAAUGGAAGCAGAACCUGGGAGAAGAAUGGACAUGUUAUGAAGGAACUGAAGAAAGGUGUCGCCCCCCCCCCCCUUCCCACUGUACACCACCCCAAACGUAGCAAGCCUUACAGCCCUCAAACUUCACUAGCAGCUUUUAAUAACAGUCUAAUUAGACACCAACAGAAACAAUGAUUCCUAACACCACAUUUAUGUGACUACAGGUGAGGUUCAAAUUUAUAAAGAGACUUUUGAUGACUCUUAAUCCCUUACCCCCAACCCCCGAGGAAUGGUCUAGGGAGGAAAAGUGUAGACCUGGGUGCACUGGUCGUUCAUGUGCAUUAGUAGCACCUGUUGAUGCUUUUUAAUCAGCUUUUAGGUUUAAAGUACAAUUUGAAACCCCUUCCCUCUCUUUCAGCAUCUCUUCAGUCACUGACUAGAAUAUGUAUAAGUUCUUUUUUUUUCCCUUCUCUCUCUUAUUGGAGUCACUGUUGAACUUAUUUAAGCAAAGUGAAACUACAGUUCUUUUGUGUGAAUUACAAUGAACAGAUUUUUUUUUUUUUGUUUUUCCUCCAAGUUUUGCAUUUGUUGGCUUUGUGAGGCUGUUUCUUGGAGGCUUGCAUUCAGGCUUCCCUUUUGGAUGAAGGAGUCAAAGAUGGGGGAGUUUAAUUCCAUGUGUGUGUGGUGUUUUUUUGGGGUUUUUUUUUGAGUCCUUCCACCCUUUCAAACAGUGCUAUUACACAAUGUUACAUGCGUUACACAGUGCUCUGUAGCUAGAGCUGAGGGUUAGUCCAAGGUGUGGUGGAUUUGAAAAACAAUGCAUGCUUUCAACAUGUGGGGGCAGCAAAGACCAUCUUGUUUGGCUGUCUGAGCGGACUGUAUAGAGCUCUGAUAGUCUGAGCUUCAGGUUAAGGUGUGUCUUUUUUUU